AGUUUUCAAUGAACUUGUGUAUUUAUGUGAGCAGGGCAACAUGGGCACGGGCAUGGCGGUAUGGGAGCAAUGCUUGCUGGGGGUGUUGCCGCUGCUGGUGCUGCCUACGGUGCUCACCAUGUCUCUCAUGGCUCUCAUGGUCACUAUGCACAUGGUGCUCACAUGCCCCACGGGAAGUUCAAGCAGCAUGGACAUGGCAAGUUCAAGCAUGGAAAACAUGGUAAGUUCAAGCAUGGAAAGCAUGGAAAGUUUGGAAAGCAUGGUGGUGGGUUCAAGAAGUGGAAGUGAGGAUUGUAUAUGCUAAACCAUGACUCUAGAAUGCUCCUCUGUGUAGAGCUUUUAUCUUUUGCUUUAUAAUAAACCAUACUUUGAUGAUGUAAUCAAUCAAUCAACGAAACUAUGAUGAUA